AUGGCUGCUUCCCUCGACGAGAUGCUGCCUCCUCCCAUGACCUAUAACGGUCGAGACAGCUUCUUCAGAGGAAACAGGGCGUUUUACAACUUCUACAACGACUAUUCACACAUUUCCGAUCCGAAUCUUCGCCGACGGCUUGCCUUGUCUGAGAUUGACAAGGUCCCAUUUGGAUUGUACCAUGUCAAGGCCAUUUUGGUUGUUGGUGUGGGCUUUCUUCUCGAUUCGUACGACAUUUUUUCCAUCAAUUCCAUAACUACCUUGUUGGGGAUAGUGUUUUGGAGCGGCGAUCAGGUUAUCAACGGCUUCGGCGGUAACAAUGGCAUCAUUCCCGACACGACCGACCAAGCCCUGAGAGCAUCAACCAGCGCUGGCAUCCUUUUUGGCAUGAUUCUUUUUGGCUGGCUUGCAGAUGCUCUGGGCCGUCGGCGCAUGUAUGGCAUUGAGUUGGCCAUUAUUAUCUUCGGGACCUUUAGCUGUGCUUUAGUCUCCUCCAGCCCAUCCAUUGGUACGACAGCUGUUUUGGUAUUUUGGCGACUGCUCAUGGGCAUCGGCAUUGGAGGCGACUAUCCUCUGUCAUCGGUCAUCACCUCUGAAUUCGCUCCUACGCGCUGGCGUGGUGCCAUGAUGUCGGCCGUCUUUUCAAUGCAAGGUUUAGGCCACCUCAUGUCGGGCGUAGUCGCACUCAUCACAACUGUUGCCUUCAAAUCGUCAUUCAUCCGCGUUCCUAAUGAGGCGAGUUGCGAUGCCGACUGUCGCAUAGCUGCCGACCGCGCCUGGCGAAUCAUUGUCGGAGUGGGCGCCAUCCCGGCCUGUCUUGCAAUGUAUUAUCGAAUCACGAUUCCCGAAACUCCACGAUACACCUUUGACAUACAGCACGACGUCGAAAAGGCCGAUGCCGACAUAAAAGCCUAUGUAUCCAGCAAGCCCACCGGCGAAUGUGAAGGUCGGCGUCAUUCUAGGUCAAAGGUGUCGGAGAAUUCCCUCAAUCUUCCGCGAGCAUCAUGGUCUGAUUUCCUUGCCUACUUUGGUGAGUGGAAGAACAGUAGAGCCUUGAUUGGCACCACCAUGUCAUGGUUUUUUCUUGAUUUCGCAUUUUAUGGCUUAGGUUCGAACCAUGGCAUCGUCCUACACGCCAUUGGAUAUGGCAGCGGGAGCAGCAUAUAUGAGAAAUUGUGGAACAAUGCGAUGGGCACAAUCGUCCUGACAGCUGCUGGAUCCCUUCCUGGGUAUUGGACUGCCGUCUUCACCAUCGACACCAUUGGUCGCAAGCCUUUGCAGAUUUUUGGCUUCCUGUUGCUCACGAUUGUUUUCAGCGUACUUGGAUUCCAGUUUCACCACCUAAGCGAAAGGGCUUUGUUGGCUUUGUACAUUGUUGCACAGUUCUUGUUCAACGCGGGCCCUAACACGACAACCUUUGUCGUGCCAGGCGAAUGUUUUCCGACUCGUUAUCGAUCAAGUGGACACGGUCUCUCUGCUGCUUUUGGGAAAAUAGGGGCUAUUUUGGCUCAAACCAUCAGUAUUCCUCUUUUAAAAGAUAGUGGCGCGGUCUUCGAAUGUGCGGGAGACACCUGCUCGCCAUACCUCGAUCGGUUGCUAAAGCUUUUUGCCCUGUUCAUGUUUUUGGGGACUUGCGUGUCUUUGUUGAUUCCCGAGACUAAGGGAAUCACAUUGGAGGAGCUUUCGGGUGAAUCGCGAACGAGCUACAAUGCCGGAUGCAACGGCAGCAUCAGCAUGGGAUCUCCGCAAAUGCACAGUUGGAACCCUCUGCACGGCGGCCAGGCAGCUGGAUUCGCAUAUCCGCGUGUUCGUGGGGCGGCGCCUUUUGGCAAGGGUCGGCAAUCACCCCGUGUCAGUGCGGUAACGACGUCUCCCGAGCUUCUGGCAGAAAAUAGUCGGCAAAAAUCAUCAAGAUUUUGGAGGAGAAAUUCGAGGACGCGGAUGAAGAGUGACCGCUCCAACGAAAUUGCGUUGCGCAAUCGCGGAUCGGAUAUAUCGUUGGACGGCCAGUCAAUGACUCAGGAGCAGCUGCAGCUGCCGACAUGGGGAGCGGGAUGGGGCCGAAUCGAUCGCGGAGCCCCUACGCCGAAAAUAAGUAGUGUACAACUAAACGAUGUUGGAAUGUUGCUCAGGCCGAACUGA